CUUAAUUAUUUAUGGAAGAAUAAACUUAAGAACGUUUAUCCUUAUUAUAAGAAAUCUUAGCCCUUGAUGAUGUCCCUAAAAUUAUCAAAAAGCUAAACAAAAAUGGAUUUUCUUGUUCUGAGCUAUUAUAAUAAUUAGUUGAGACCAACCAUAAUCAAGGAAUUUAAAUAUUACAAUCUUACUCAAAUAAUUUCACAGAAUUAAAAGGCAAAUCAUUUGUAGCCUUAAUCUUAUAUCUUUCCAUUCAAGAACCAAAUAUUGAAGCUAUCUUACAAGCAGAUAAAUUAUUAUAGUCCAAUUAAUAUGUUGGCAGCUUUAUAAAAUAUUAUGAAAAAGCUAUUACUGAUGAUAGUCCUUUUAGUCAACAAAUUGUAAAUCAUAUUAUCUAAAACAAAACCAAUGUCCCCAAUUUCAAUCUUGUCUAUGAUUAAUUGUUUCUAUUAAGCAAAUAAAAAAAACUCAAUAAUAUUUAAGAAUUUGAAAACCUCAUGAACACCUAAAAAGAUGUUGUUUUAAUCAUUGAUAAACCUAUUAUUAAAAUUUUCCCAUUAACUCCUAGAAUUAAAUCUGAAUAUUUACCAAAGCAUUUAUAAAUUAAGAAAACUCAAAAUGCUAUUUCCAAAUAAGAACAACUAAGAGAAAUGUAAAAAAAAAAAAUAAUGACUAAAAAGAAAUUAAUGAGAGAUUUAUAUAAAGAAUAAAAUUAAUUGCAUAAAAUCAAAAAAGAUAAAAUACUUCAUCAACUUGGUAAAUAAAAAGACGGAUAUAAAAAGUAUUAAUACUUAUACUACUUUUAGAGGAUUGAGAUUACUAGAAGAAUAAUAAAUGGAAUUAAAGAAACUCAAAACUAUGUAAUUAAAUAUUAAAAGACAUAAAAAGAAGUCUUCUAGAAAAGGGGGUAAUAAACAAUGA